AUGACUCUGGACUCCCCAGUGCCGAGGGGGGAGACAUUUAGCAUGGCAGAUGCCAUGCAAACGCUCUAUUUAGAUGAUGUGUGCCCUGGCAGUGCCAAGGGCACGGGGGCCCCCGUGGCAGGAGCGGGCAAGAGAGGCUGGACGCACGCCACGACACACACCGAGUGUGCCUCAGAAGGCAUGAAGAAGAUCACAUGCAAGAUGGCCUUGGCAUUCACACCUAAUAAGGCAGACGAGGAGGAUUAUGAGGACGUUCCCAUAAAUAAAACCUGGGUUUUAUCACCUAAGGUCGACGAGACCGACGUCACCUCCAUCCUAAAUAAAUUACUGCUGGGCUACGACAACAAACUGCGCCCGGACAUAGGAGUGCGACCCACCGUGAUCGAAACUGCCGUGUAUGUGAACAGCAUCGGGCCUGUGGACCCUAUUAACAUGGAGUACACCAUCGACAUCUUCUUCGCUCAGACGUGGUACGACAGUCGCCUGAAGUUCAACAGCAGCAUGAAGCUACUGAUGCUCAACAGCAACAUGGUGGGCAAGAUCUGGAUCCCGGACACCUUCUUCCGCAACUCCCGCAAGUCCGACGCCCACUGGAUCACCACGCCCAAUCGGCUGCUUCGUCUCUGGAGCAAUGGGCGGGUCAUGUACACUCUAAGGUUGACUAUUAAUGCGGAAUGCUACCUAAAGCUGCAUAACUUUCCCAUGGAUGAACACUCCUGCCCCCUGGAGUUCUCCAGCUAUGGCUACCCUAAGAACGAGAUUAUGUACCGCUGGCAGCGUCGGUCCGUGGAGGUAGCAGAUCAGCGCUACUGGAGGCUCUACCAGUUCGCCUUUGUGGGACUGCGCAACGCCACUGACGUCGCACACACACAGUCAGGUGAAUACGUCAUCAUGACCAUCUUCUUUGAGCUGAGCAGGAGGAUGGGCUACUUCACCAUCCAGACCUACAUCCCCUGCAGCAUGAUCGUGGUGCUCUCCUGGGUCUCCUUUUGGAUUAACAAAGACGCUGUGCCAGCAAGAACUUCACUCGGUAUCACCACGGUGCUCACCAUGACAACCCUGAGCACCAUCUCCAGGAAGUCGCUGCCAAAAGUGUCCUACGUGACGGCCAUGGAUCUCUUCGUGUCGGUCUGCUUCAUCUUCACCUUCGCGGCGCUCAUGGAGUACGGCACCCUUCACUACUUCACCAGCAACCGGCAGAGCAAGAAGACCAAAUCCCAGCCCAACAAGUCCAGCAUGAUGGACAUCAGGCCGGGCACUUCUCUGCUGCAGAUGAACAACAUCGUCCCGUACCACGACGAUGACGACUUUGCCUACGAGUGUCUGGAUGGAAAAGACUGCACCAGCUUCUUCUGUUGCUUUGACGACUGUCGCUCGGGGAGGUGGAGACAGAACAGGAUGCAUGUGCACGUCUCCAAAAUCGACUCCUAUUCCAGAAUAUUCUUCCCCACCGCUUUCGGCCUCUUCAAUCUUGUCUACUGGGUCGGGUACCUGUACUUGUAA